AUGUUUCUCUGUUUUUUUUCCUUUGUCCUUAAUUCAAAAAUAGUUUCUUCUAUAAAACAAUUAGCGUCCACAAAGCCUCAUCUUCAUCUUCACCAUCAAAUUCUCUAUAACCAAUAGCUUUCAUUUCUCCUGUGUGAAAAUGGAUGAGUUUGUUAACCUAAAGGAAACGGAGCUGAGGCUAGGAUUACCAGGAACAGACAAUGUGAGUGAAGAAAUAGAAAGAGUUUCUUGCAAUAAAAGAGCAUUACAAGGUGACACUGAGAAUGAGACUGAAUCAUCAAUGAUGAAAACGGAAACUUGCCCUCCACGAAAGGCUCAGAUUGUUGGAUGGCCACCAGUUAGGUCUUCCAGGAAGAACAUCAUUCAGACAAAGAAGAAUGAAUCUGAUAGUGAGGGUGGUCGAGGAGUCUAUGUGAAAGUAAGCAUGGAUGGUGCACCAUACUUGAGGAAAAUAGAUUUGAGUUGUUACAAAGGAUACAAAGAGUUGCUCAAAGCUUUAGAGAUAAUGUUCAAUUUCUCUGUGGGAGAGUAUUUUGAAAGAGAAGGAUAUAAAGGUUCAGAUUUUGUGCCUACUUAUGAAGACAAAGAUGGUGACUGGAUGCUCAUUGGAGAUGUUCCAUGGGAGAUGUUUGUAUGCACUUGCAAGAGAUUAAGGAUCAUGAAAGGAUCAGAAGCCAAAGGUUUAGGAUGCGGUGUAUGAGACAAAGCUACAAGAACCUAAAGAGAGCAGAGUUUCUUUUGGUCAAGAAAAAUCUGUUUGUGCUCGGGUUGUCGGGGAAGAUCUAAUGUUCAGGAUACCUCAUCGGUGAAACUCGAAUGUAGAGAUGCUUAAUGGUAUUAAGCACAUGAAACUGGAACCUAAAUACUUUUUGUUUUUGUUUCAGAAACAGGGCAAACGGUUGUCCUUGAGUCUUUGGUUAUGUACUUAUGUAUUACAUUUUUAAGAAGUGUUGUGAAGAUUGAAGAGUUUUUCUAAUGUGUAUAGCAAUCUGUUUUGUAUUCUCAUUGAUCAAAAGAGAUUUUCAAGCAAUACCAAUAUUUCUGUUUUUGGUUCUCAA